UGAUGUCAUAAUAUUUUCAACCAAUCGGGUAACAUCAUCAUUCAGUUGUUGAUCACAAUUUUUGAUGUGUUUGUUGCAUAGAAGAUACGAAUGAUUUCGCUGCCUGAGUAUUGGAGAUGUAAAAAGUUGGCUGUGCACUCGAAUUUGCCCUGAAUCAAUGUCCUAAUGGCAAACCCAGAAAAACAUCAUUUAUCUGUUGGAACAGAGGUUAGCGCCAAAUACAGAGGUGCAUUCUGUGAAGCAAAGAUAAAAUCUGUUAAAAAGAAUGUCAACUUUCGUGUUAUGCAGAAAAAAGACAAUAAGUUCUAUUAUGUGAAUGAAGAUUCAAUAAAGGGAAAUUUAAAGUUGGGAUCAACAGUAGAAGCUCAGUUUCCUGAGCAACAUGGUUGGUGUGAGGGAGUUAUACAAAGUGUUCGUGACAAGAGCAUUUACACUGUCGAGUUUGAUGAUGGGGAUGUAAGAACCUUAUCUCGAGGAUCUUUAUGUUUGCAAGGGGUUCGUCAUUAUGCUGAAAGUGAAACUCUGGAUCAUCUUCCUUUGACUGACCCAGAAAAUUUUGGAACCCCAGUUCUUAAUGGGAAGAGAAAACCAAAGCGAAAAACACCACAAAGUUCAUCAGCUUUGGAUGAAAGUGAAGAACAUUGUACACCAGACCGUGAACCACCAGCUAAAAGAAAACUAAACUCUCCAAAAAGUGAUGCAAAGGAUAUUGAAGACAAGCAUGAUGUAGAUUGCGAUGAAUUAAGAAUCAAGUGGCUUGCCGAUUCAAUGAUGGGAAAUCUAGUUCUUGUAGAACCCACUGAUAAAAGAAAACAUUGGUACCCUGCUGUGGUGGUUAACCCAAUGUGUUAUGAGAAUUACAAUGAAGUAAAGGAUAAUCAUUUUGUGAUUCGCUCGUUUAAAACUGGCAAAAUAGCACGAGUGUUGAGGUGCAAUAAACUUACAAGAAACAAUGGACCUUUUAAGGUUGAACCAUCAUGGAAAGAUGUAUUGGAUGAUGCUUUUCGCUGGGAAGAGACCGGAGCCAUUCCCGAUGUUUGGAAGACAGAUAUCAAAGAUAUAUUUGAUGAAGAUGAAGGAGAACAAAAGCUUCAUGGCAUGAAUGACGAGAAUCAUGAUUUUCUUGAGCAACUUUACAAGUUCAUGGAAGAUAGAGGAACACCUGUGAACAAGACUCCAGUCCUUGGCUAUAAAGACUUGGACCUAUUUAUGCUUUACAAUCUGGUGCAAGCCAAGGGUGGUUUCCAUGCAGUAUCUUUGUCAACUGAUUGGAGAGAUAUUUACACAGAACUUGGUAUUCCUAAGCUUACUCAAGCAGCUGGUCAUCAUGUAAAGAAUGCUUAUAUUAAAUAUCUGCUCAAUUUUGAAGAAUAUAUGAUAAGCUUCAGGCAAAGGAAUAAAGUGCAGAAUAAUUCUGGUCUCUCUAAAAGUGAUCCUGUUGCCAAAGUAAAAAAGGAGAAGUUGAAAAGUGGUCGAUCAUCACCUCCAGUACGAGAUGAUGAAGAUGGAAGUUUAAGGAGGACAAGUCGGCGACGGAAAGUAUCAGAAUGUAGCUCUGUUGGUGAUUCAGAUUUGCUCAAGGAAAUAAAAAGGGGAAGAAAAAGUCGUCAAGAAGAUAUGAAACGAGAUUCUGAUGUUGAUGAUGCAAGUUCUACAACUGGUUCGGAAAAAUCGGUCACUAGAGGUCGUUUGGCGAGUGAGGCGACAUCUGGUGUCAAGAAAGAUCGGAGGAGAUCAAACAGUGGAACUCCUGGGAGGAGGAAGAACGUUGUUUAUAAGAUCGGUGAUAAACUCAAGGUGAAGUAUGGGAAAGAUUCAUUUAAGUUGUAUCAUGCUAAAGUUGUGAGUGUUGAAUGUAUUGAGGGACAAGAAACAAGAUAUUUUGUGCAUUAUGCUGGUUGGAACAGCAGACAUGAUGAGUGGAUCAAAUCAUGGCAAAUAUCAAGUUGUGUGAGUGAAAGUUCCACAAGUGCAUCUUCGUCCAACUCUCCAACUACUACACUAAAGGGAAAACGACCAAAAACUCCAGUUCCUUUUGAAGGAAAGCUUGAAAGUGAAAGUGCAAAUGGUAAGGUUGCUGUCGGUUCAACAACCAAAGAAGUUUUAAAAAGUGUAACUCAAGCUCUAACUUUUACAACAUCUUCAAAUGAUCAGGAGAUUAAUAAAGAAAUUAUUUCUGAAGUAAAGAAACAAGAAGAGAAACCAAAGACGAGGAUGCGAAGAAGAAGCACAUCCUCUUCCACUCCUCCUCCCGCUCCUGUGGCAUCCACGUCAACAGAGAAGCGAGCUUUGUCCGAGGAGAAAAUUUUAACAUGCCAAACCAGUUUGGUAAAAUCAAGUGAAGCAUCAGAAGGUGCCGACUUAAAAUCAAACACUAGAUCUACUGGAAGAAUAUCGCCACUUAUCUCGGGAUCUUUCCCAUCAAGCAGGCGAACAUCUACACGGAGAUCAAAGUCACCUGCGUACCUCCGCGAAUCAACAUUAUAUGGAAUAAGUAAGCGAAUCAGAACCAACAGCACAACCUCAGCAUCAGAAGAAACAACAUCUGCAGAGACUCAAACUGAACAAGUCCUGGAAACUGAUGCAAGUUCCGAUGUCUCCAAAUCUGCUCAUUCAUCCCCAUCUCUUGAUCAUCAAUCCUCUCAAUCUACAUCGAAUGAUGAAAGUGGUGAAAAAUCAUUGAACCAUGAACAAAAACAAACUCAGCGAAAGUCUGAUGAAUUGAGAGAAAAGUUGACAGAUAUUAAAGAAGAGAACGACUCUUCAGAUGAAAGUGAACAAAAGGAAGAUGCUGAUGAAGACACUCAAGUGGAGCAAGUUACUGGUACUGGUACGGAUGUUUGUGAAACAUCAACAAGUGCUCCCCUUCCAAUAAAUGAAGAUGUAGAAGAGGAGCAAAAUGAUGAAGGUAACUCCAAUAUUGCUGAGGAAAAUGGCAGUGAAUCUUCAAAUGAAGAAGUGGAUGAAAAUUCUAAAUCCUCCCCACACCAGGAACCACACAAUGACCUUCAAGGUUAUGUUGAACCAGCAAUACCUGAUGUAGUACCUCCAAUAAUACCCUUACAAGCACCUUCCAGUAGUAAGGUUUUGGUCGAAAACACACCGCCCACAACACCUGAACCAUCACCGGAUCAUUUCUAUGAAGAACAAGUUGAAAGCGACAACAUUCCUAACAUGGGAAGCGGUUCAAGCUCGUUAAGUGGGAUGGAGAUCAAUCAAUCCUCACCUGGAUGCAAAGAUGAAAAUAAAAGUGAGGGUGAACCAAAGAGGAAGAAAAGAGGGAGAUCCGGUCAAUCGAGACGGAGUUCAAAAGCUGAUCCUCAAUGCGAAAAUCAUGAUACUGAAAGUGAAGAAGAUACCCCACCCGGUGGUCAGUGUGAUAGUAAUGCAAAAGGUCGUCGACGAAUUAAUAAACGAAAAGCGAAACCGAAACCUGCUCCACCCACUGCCCCACCACCUGUUAUGUUUGAAGAACUUGCACUAAUGACACCUGAGCAGCGUAUUGCUGUUUUGCAAGCCAAACUAUCUGAGAUGAGAACCGUCUAUCAGCAAUUGAAGCAGGAAGUUCAAUCGAUUGAUCGGAAGAGGAAACGGGCCAAGAGGAGAGAACAAGAAGUUGCCGGUUCAAACUCACCGAAUAAAAUUCUUCCUUCUCCAAUGAAGCGUGAACAUUCUGAUGAGAGCGCUUCUAGUGGCGAAAACACAGCAAAAGAUGUAGACACUCAGUCUAUUUUCGUGUCGAAGACUUAACAUUCAUAAAUCUAAGUUUUCUGCACUGCCUUUUGCUACAUUCGCCAAAUUUAUUACCACCGACUCAUUUCUUUUAUACAAUCAGCUCUUUGUGUAUUCGUUGAUGUUUUAUUUAUUGAGCAGUUCUGGUUUACAACCAAAGUUGCCUAUUUAUUUGAACAACUGCUCUCCUAUCAUUACCAUGUUUUAAACCCUUAGUGGGUUUAGAAAGAUAUUUCAUAACAUGCUGCGUAUGACCGACCGUACAACAAGCUGCAUGCUCUCUACUGCUCCAUGUGGAAUAAAGCACUUUGUAGUUUUACAAGAAACCACCGUUUUAUUGCCAUUUCGUUUCUUUUCAAAGAGUUUCCCCAUCGUGCUUUGUUUCCAUGUGCAUUAUGUUUAAUUGCUGUCUUGCAAAGCGGCAUGUAAGUUUCCCAGCAAACUGGAUGACACAACCUAUAAUGCCCCAAGUCCGGUCUUCCAGCAGCUGCUGACCAUCAACUCACUUAAGAGUUGUUUUGUUUUUAUCUUUCUCCGAGAGAAUCUUAUUUUCUACAAAAUUCGAAAAAUGUAAAAAAAUCGUUUAUUGAGCUUGGUCCGUUUCACAUUCUUACCACAGAGCUCGUAUUGUUGUGUAAAUAUUUAAAUCUAAUACAGAAAGUUAAACCUAGUAGGUUUAGUUUCUCACGAA